CAUUGUGAUUACGAGGAAGGAAAUCCAAAAAGUGUUAAACCUGGACACAAAAAUGAAGCUGGAUUUUGUCUGCAUCAGUGACAACAUGGACAUGGGUACAGCAGAUUCACUGAGGCAUAUUCACCAGAAAAUUAAGACGGAUGUCUUGGUGCUGAGCUGCGACCUGAUCACAGAUGUCGAUUUGUACAAAGUUGUGGAUCUCUUUCGGGCCCAUGAUGCUACUCUCUCCAUGUUGAUGAAGAAAACUCAUGAGCCCACAGAAGUGGUACCAGGGCAGAAAGGGAAAAAAAAGCCAGUGGAGCAGCGCGACUUUAUUGGAGUGGAUGACACAGGAAAAAGAUUGCUCUUCAUGGCUAAUGAAGCUGACUUGGAUGAAGAACUUGUCAUUAAAAGAUCCAUCCUUCAGAAGCACCCUAGAAUGCACAUCAGGACAGGGCUGAUGGAUGCCCAUCUCUACUGUCUGAAGAAAUAUGUGGUAGACUUCCUUGUAGAAAACAGGACGAUCACAUCUCUCCGAAGUGAACUGAUUCCACAUCUGGUUAGGAAACAGUUCUCUUCUCCUACAUCGUUGCAGCAGGGACAAGACAAAAACAAAGAGGAGGACCAAAAGAAAAAAGACCAAGCAUCACUAGACAUUUAUAGUUUCAUAAAGGAAGAUAAUAGCUUGCUGAAACCUGCUCCAGAUAACUCUUGUUGGAAUGAUCGUAGAGGAGAUAUGAAUGAAACUCUCCAUGAAGGAAAAGUGCGCUGUUACGUCCAUAUAAUGAAAGAGGGAUUGUGCUUCCGAGUGAAUACUCUUGGGCUAUAUAUUGAAGCUAACCGACAGGUUCCAAAGCUAUUGCUUAAUCUUGGUUUAGAAGAACCACUGAUUCAUGUAUCUGCACAAGUCACUGACAGAGGCAUGGUUGGAUCAGACAGCAUCAUUGGGUCAUCCACGCAAGUGGGGGAGAAGACAUCCAUUAAACACUCCAUCAUUGGCAACAUGUGCACCAUAAAAGACAAGGUUAAGAUAACAAACUGCAUCAUCAUGAAUUCUGUCACAAUUGAGGAAGGGUGCAGUCUUCAGGGCAGUGUUAUUUGCCAUAAUGCUGUGAUAGAGAAGGGUGCAGAAAUCAAGGACUGUUUGAUUGGUAGCGAUCAGCGGCUUGAAACCAAAGCCAAACAUGUUAAUGAAGUCAUUGUGGGCACUGAACAGCUGAUGGAGAUAUAACCCGAGUAGCUUUUAAAGACGAUUUUAUGGAAGCCAGCAGCAGAACCAGAUGUUCAGCAUCGUAAGAUCAUCCGCGCAGAUCAGUACUGGCACAGUUUACCCUGUCAUUGCUCCUUUCCUGUUCAGCUUUAUAUUUAUGUCUUAAUAAAGAAGUAUUUACAGA